UAUAAGCCGCAAGUUAUUGGGCAAAAGGAUAUAAAGGUUAUUUUACUUGGUUAGUUACUCGUUUCUUCUUCUUCCUCAGUUCAGCUUCUUCCCCAACUUAAUUGGUGAUCUAAUUAUUAUCAAACCAUUAAUUUAUAGCUCCAAAUCCAAAUUUCGUGAUUAAAUUGAUCUGUUGAUCAAUCGAAUUUUCAACCUCCACCUCCAAUCCAUUCGAACGAGAUAAAGUUGAGGUUUUUAUUUCACACUUCUUCUGCAGCUUCAGCUUCUUCCUCAAAUCAGUUGGUGAUAUCAAAUCAUUAAUUUAUAGCUCCAAAUCCAAAUUUCAUGAUGAGAUUGAUCAGUCGAUUUUUCAAUCUCCACCUCCAAUCCAUUCGAACGAGAUAAAGUUGAGGUUUUUAUUUCACACUUCUUCUGCAGCCUCUUCCCCAGUUUAAUUGGUGAUCUAAUUAUAACCCAACCAUUAGUUUAUACAUCAAAUCCAAAUUUCAUUAUCAGUCGAAUUUCUAAUCUCCACCUCUCAUCCAUCCGAACGAGAUAAAGUUGAGGUUUUUAUUUCACAUUUUGUAAGUUAUGUGGUGAUGAUUUCGAAAAAGAUUAAGCAGAAGAAGAUGAAAAUUGACGGUGAUGAUGAUGCUCAGCUUCCUCCAUAUCUUCCCCAGGAUUUAAUAAUCGAUAACAUUCUCACCAGAAUACCAGGUCGGAUUCUAGCCAAGUGGAGUUGCAUUUGUAAGUUAUGGUACACUUAAACUUAUAAUGAUAAAAAGUUUGCUGAGCUUCACCUUAUUCGAAAUCAAACCAAAUUAAAACUAUUCAUAUGUCUCCUUAAUGUAAAGUUUUCCGAUCGGGCAAAAACUUGCUUUUUCACUUUAGAUGAAGACUGUCAACAUAGAUUCUUAAUGAACUUAGUUGCCCCAGACAAGUCUGAAUUUGUAGGUUGUUGCAAUGGUUUCGCCUGUAUUACAAAAGUGUACAACGAGGAUUUCGCUGUUGUGAGGGGAAUGAUUGUUGUUAACCCGACCAGGCGCGAAAUACUCAGUCUCCCCUAUUUACAUCCUUGCACUGAAAUGGGAUGCAAGUAUCUGUGCCAUGGCUUUGGUUUUGAUUUAUUAACACAAGAAUAUAAGGUUGUAAUUGUUUUUACUUCAAGAGCCAAUGACGAGUUUAUAUCUGUCGUCUUAACUUUGGGAACUAAAACAUGGAGAAAGAUAGUUACCAGUGUUGCUGAUAUCUCACCUCCGCCAGGUUCUUCUUAUUUUCCUAAGAGGAUGGUAACAAGAGCUUCGGGAAAUAUCCGUACACCAGCCACCCUUUGCGGGGGUGAUCUUUUCUGGAGGAUGGUAGUAGAAAAUGAAGAGGUAAAUAAUUAUAAUAACAAUAAUAAUAAGAGUCAUAUGCUGCUCUCAUUUGACAUUCACAAUGAGAAGAUUCGAUUCAUUCGGCUCCCAGCCGAAUGUAAUUUGACCCAAACCCCGACAACUACUUUAGUCGUUGAACAUCAUCUUCUGGAGCAUAAAGGAUAUCUAUGUAUUGCACAGUCUGAAAAGGCAACGAGAAACAACAUAGAUCAAAGCCGUCAGGAUAGUUUUGUUUGUCGUUGUAGUUUUACGGUUCAGCUGUAUAUAUUGAAGGACAAGGUUAAGCAAGUGUGGGCCAAGGGGGAGACUUUUGGUGUACAAGUUCAGCAGCUAGGUUUGGCACCAGCUCCCUUCUGUUGUUACUUUGACGCCGCUACUGCUACACCUACUACCCUCCCUACGCGCAUAAUGAGUUUCUCUGAUCAGGUGUUACUGUAUUGGUUCGAUAGGAAAUGUCUUAAGUUCUACAAUUUGCAAACAGAACGGCUCGAGGUGGUAAGAUCCUCAUGCUCCUCUAAUUGGAUAGGUCGUUUCAAUUUUGAAGCUAAGAUGAAACGAUUCCCUCCAGAACGUGGUGUUGGUGGCGAUGAUAAAUCUUAUUGCCCGUACAUGGAAUAUCAACUGCACACUCAAGUUGAAAACAUCCGUUCUCUGAAAACCUUUAUUCCUGCGGGCGAAAUAAUUAAAUUUGAUGGUACUGAGGAGUUUCAACGGUUUUUUGAAUCAAACAAGAAUACGUUACCUACAGGAUGGGUGAUUACCGCAAGAGAAUCAAUACAGCAUCAUGCUUUCUAUUAGACGGUUUGAAAGGCGAGGAGUUGUGAUGCAGUGCAAGGAACAUUAUCGUUUGGUUCAGUUACCCAUACCUGGUUUUUCGUUAUGCUGGUCGUGGAUUUCUUCCAACCUUCCGUGAUGAUCUGUGGACCACCUCAGUGAUAAAGUAAGAUUAGUAGGUGCUGUAGGUGAUGAUGACGAAUUUCGAGUUUGGGGGUCUGCUUACGGUCUGCUUACCAAUCGUGUUCUUUUUUCUUUUCUUUUUUUCUUGGUGCUCAAAACUAGCUUCCUUGUGUCCACUCGAAGCCACAAGCUAUUCUCAUCUGUUGAUUAUCUUGUGCUAAGAAAUCUGGCAUGUUUGAGUAGUCGUGUUUAAGUUCCUAUGACAGGAGGUUGAUGUGCUUAGCAUCCUGUAAAACAUCAUAAACAUGUAUUCGCGUUGUGUCUUUACUUUAUUCAUCAAGAACAAGUUUUAAUUGGUAUAGAAAAAGAUACCAUGUCUAUUGCUGUUUGUGCAACUUUUA